GCCACGUUAGAGAGAGAGAAAUCAAAAUAGGUUUUAUAUGAUGGCCAGCACGAAGCCACAAAUCAACCAAUUAAUCCCAUAUUUUUUCGUCAACAACAGGAGGCAUAAUCCAUAUCCUAAAUUAUCAUAAAAAUCGCCCCUUUUCAAUCAUAUUUCAAUUCUUCUUCUCCUUCCUACGUGAUCCAUCAUCGCCUUCAAUUCUUCAUUCAUUCAUCCUUCCGCCAUUCUUAUUUACAUUAUAUUUGAUGAUCAAGAAAGAGGCUUUCAGUUUGUUUCUUUCCACAGAAUCUUGAUUUUUGGAGGAACAGACGAUAGAUUAUCACAAAACACACGCUUUUUACCGCCAAAUUAACAACUAAAAUUAUCAAAAGUUUACAUCAUAAUCACUUAUUCCAAAUUGUUUUUUUUUUACACCAUGAACCGCCAUGGCAGUGCGAAUCAAGCGUUCUAUGUUAUCGGUCAUAAAACCGAAAACAUUCGUGAUCUUUACACAUUGGGGCAAAAACUAGGGCAGGGUCAAUUUGGCACAACCUAUUUAUGCACCGAGAAUUCCACCGGUAUAGAUUACGCCUGCAAAUCAAUAUCCAAGCGAAAACUGAUAUCGAAAGAGGACGUGGAGGAUGUGAGGAGGGAGAUUCAGAUCAUGCACCAUUUAUCCGGGCACCAGCAUAUCGUCACCAUUAAAGGUGCAUAUGAAGAUCCUUUAUAUGUUCAUAUUGUCAUGGAGCUUUGCAACGGUGGAGAGUUGUUCGACAGGAUCAUUGAAAAGGGAAAUUAUAGCGAGAGGAAAGCGGCUGAAUUGAUCAAGAUCAUCAUCGAUGUUGUUCAGGCGUGCCAUUCGCUCGGUGUUAUGCAUCGAGAUUUAAAACCUGAGAAUUUCUUGUUGGUUAAUAAGGAUGAUGAUUUUUCUCUAAAAGCCAUUGAUUUCGGACUCUCCGUAUUCUUCAAGCCAGGUCAAAUAUUCUCGGAUGUGGUUGGAAGCCCAUAUUAUGUUGCUCCUGAGGUGUUGUUGAAGCGUUACGGGCAAGAAGCGGAUGUAUGGACAGCCGGGGUGAUACUUUACAUACUUUUAAGCGGCGUACCUCCAUUUUGGGCUGAAUCGCAGCAGGGAAUAUUUGAUGCGGUUUUGAAGGGAAAUCUAGACUUUGAAUCAGACCCAUGGCCAAUUAUAUCCGACAGUGCAAAAGAUCUUGUUAGAAACAUGUUGUGUUCUCACCCUAAGGAUCGGUUAACUGCCCAUCAAGUUCUCUGUCAUCCUUGGAUAUGUGAAAAUGGAGUUGCUCCCGACAGAGAACUGGAUCCCGAAGUUCUUUCUCGUCUGAAGCAAUUCUCAGCAAUGAAUAAGUUAAAGAAGAUGGCUUUGCGGGUUAUAGGAGAGAGUUUGUCAGAAGAGGAGAUUGCUGGUUUAAAGGAAAUGUUUAAGGCAAUGGAUACAGACAACAGUGGCGCAAUUACAUUUGAUGAACUAAAAGUCGGUUUAAGGAAGUUUGGUUCGACAUUGAAGGAUACAGAAAUACAAGACCUUAUGGAUGCAGCUGAUGUGGACAACAGUGGGACGAUCGACUAUGGAGAAUUCGUAGCAGCUACACUUCAUCUGAACAAACUGGAACGCGAAGAACAUUUGGUUGCUGCGUUUAAGUAUUUUGAUAAGGAUGGAAGCGGUUAUAUUACAGUUGAUGAACUUCAGCAGGCGUGUGCAGAUCACCACAUGACGGAUUUUCUUGUUGAGGAUAUUAUUAAAGAAGUUGAUCAAGAUAAUGAUGGAAGGAUAGAUUAUGGGGAAUUUGUGGCUAUGAUGACAAAAGAAAAUGCAGGAAUCGGUAGAAGAACGAUGAGGAAUAGUGUGAAUAUUACCAUGAGAGAUUCACCAAGGGCUGUCCAGUGAUAUUAUGAAUUAAUUGUAUCUUCUUCUUGUUGUUGUUAAAUUAAUUGUAUGUUGUGGGAUGAUUUGUAUUUUAUUUGGUUGAAGUAGAAAACAGAAAUAUGAUCAAAUUGCAGUUAAAUAUUUGUUGCUUAUAAAUA